CUUUUAAGCAGUCGCUUGAUAAAGACAUUUAAUCGAAGCACGUAUAGACGACGGAUAGUAUCGUGGCUAGACAAUAUAUUUGAGAGGAGAUCGCGCGUGGACACAUAUAGUCUGAUAUAUUUGGGUGAGAACAGGUCGUCGGAAGAUCGCGAUACGCGUCCGCUCAAACGUGCGCUUCAUCCCUCGACGACGGAUUUUCGCGAGAUUCUCCCGGACCGCGUGGUCGGUCGAGUUCGUGCGACUGUCGUAUUGUAUUUUCUGCUAAAAUGCCGGAAAACGAGAUGCCUAUAUCCGAAUUGAAUACAGACAACUCGACAGCUAUUCCGAUGACGAGGAAGACAACGAACAAUACGAACAGAAAUCCUGAGAUUACCUAUGGCAUUGAUGACGUUCCGCCGUGGUAUCUGUGUUUAUUCAUGGCAUUGCAGCACUACUUGACCAUGAUCGGUGCAAUCGUUUCUAUCCCUUUCAUUCUAACGCCGGCCCUCUGUAUGGCCGAAGAUGAUCCCGCGAGGAGCCACGUUAUCUCCACGAUGAUCUUUGUCACUGGCCUAGUGACGCUGAUUCAGACCACCGUAGGAUGUAGAUUGCCAUUGGUACAAGGUGGUACCAUAUCGUUUCUGGUGCCGACUCUGGCGAUAUUGAAUCUGCCGCAGUGGCAGUGCCCCGAGCCGGAGAUUCUCGUGCAAAUGUCUCACGAAAACCGGACCGAGCUCUGGCAAAUACGAAUGAGAGAACUGUCGGGUGCCAUCGCUGUUUCCGCCUUGUUCCAAGUGAUCAUCGGAUUUGGAGGUAUCGUCGGAUAUUUGCUGAAAUUUAUAACUCCACUGACAAUCGUGCCGACGGUCUCGCUAGUUGGGCUGUCCCUCUUUGAAAACGCAGCGGACGCCGCGUCCCAACAUUGGGGUAUCGCGACUGGUACAAUAUUACUACUGACGACAUGCUCUCAAAUAAUAGUCAACGUUCCAUUUCCGUUUGUAAUAUAUCGGAAACGCCACGGACUCCACAUUAUCUGGUUCGAAUUGUUCAAACUAUUCCCGGUUUUGCUGACGAUAAUCGUUAUGUGGAUAAUCUGCACUAUAUUAACGGUGACCGACACGCUACCGCUCGGUCAUCCCGCCAGGUCCGACAGCAAGUUAAGAAUUAUAAAUGACUCACCCUGGUUUCGGGUACCGUAUCCUGGACAGUGGGGCGUACCCACCGUAACGUUAUCGGGCGUACUCGGUAUGCUAGCCGGAGUAUUAGCGUGCACGGUAGAGUCUAUCAGCUAUUAUCCGACCACAGCAAGAAUGUGUGGGGCACCGCCGCCGCCGGUUCACGCGAUCAACCGUGGUAUCGGCAUAGAAGGUCUGGGUACGAUGCUGGCCGGACUUUGGGGUAGUGGUAAUGGUACGAACACGUUUGGCGAAAACGUCGGCACAAUAGGGGUCACCAAAAUUGGCAGCCGCAGGGUCAUACAGUGGGCCUGCUUCCUAAUGAUCCUGCAGGGCGUGAUCAGCAAACUCGGCGCGUUGUUCAUCAUAAUUCCCGAGCCGAUAAUCGGCGGACUAUUCUGCGUGAUGUUUGGGAUGAUUUGUGCUUUCGGCCUGUCAGCGUUACAGUAUGUAAAUCUCAAUUCCUCGAGAAAUUUAUUUAUCCUGGGCUUAUCCAUGUUCUUUCCUUUGGUCCUGUCGAAAUGGCUGAUAAAAUAUCCGGAUACGAUACACACAGGAAAUACUGUGGCGGACAGCGUAUUCACCGUAUUACUUAGUACCACCAUUCUAGUAGGUGGUGCGUUGGGCUGUUUACUGGACAACAUCAUCCCAGGUAACGCGAGAGACCGUGGAUUGGAGGCUUGGGCAAAGGAAAUGGAGCUCACUGAUAAAGCUGUUGAUAAAAGAACUGACGAAAUGUCAGGCGUUGAAUACGCUCGGAAUACUUUCGAUUUUCCAUUCGGAAUGAAUCUGCUUAGAAGGUGGAAAUGGACAUCAUACGUGCCGUUUUUACCUACAUAUCAGAAAAUAUAAAUGCGCUAAAAGGAAAUCACACAACUACCUCACGCUUAUCUAUCAUGAGAUGAGAUCUGUAAUUGAAAAUACGUGAUAUGUAAAAAAGAGAACCGUGAUAUCGCCAGCAUUAGAAAAAAUGUUAUGACACGUGAUUAUUGCUCUUAAUCUUAAUUCCAGCCAUAUUUCAUACUGCUGCGAAUUUAAUGUGUGAAGAUUCACAAGAUAAAGAUACAAAUUUAUAAGAGAAGGAUAAAAAUAAUCGGAAUAUUAUUACGCUCUAGUGUUUAUACUUAUAGAGAAAGUUGUGUUAAUGCAUGUAUAUUGUGUAAUAAUAAUUGUCGAGAUUUCAUUUAAAAAGUCGAAAGUUAUCGAUAAUACAUCGAUAAUUAUUUUUUUAUUUAUAAUAUUUUAUUUCCUUUUGUUCCUUGCAUUUGUUAAAAA